AUGGAGCACACGCACGCCCACUUCGCCAACAGCUCGCUGUCCUGGUCCCCCAGCGCGGCCUGCGGCUUGGGCUUCGUGCCCGUGGUCUACUACAGCCUCCUGCUGUGCCUCGGCCUGCCAGCGAACAUCCUGACCGUGGUCAUCCUGGCGCGGCUGGUGGCGCGCAGGCAGAAGUCCUCCUACAGCUACCUCCUGGCGCUGGCGGCCGCGGACAUCCUGGUCCUCUUCUUCAUCGUGUUCGUGGACUUCCUGCUGGAGGACUUCAUCCUGAAGGCGCAGAUGCCCCGGGUGCCCAACAAGGUGGUGGAGGUGCUGGAGUUCUCGUCGGUGCACACGUCCACCUGGAUCGCCGUGCCGCUGACCGUGGACCGCUACAUCGCCGUGUGCCACCCGCUGCGCUACCACGCCGUGUCCUACCCGGCGCGCGCGCGCAGGGUGAUCGUGGGCGUCUACGUGACCUGCUUCCUCUGCAGCAUCCCCUUCUACUGGUGGCCCGACAGUGGCUGCUUGUCGCGGCGCCGCUGA